AUGGAUGCUAAAACAAUGGAAAUAUCUAUGGCUGCUUAUAACGCAAUCGCCGUUUUAAUCGACGAUACCAACCAUCAGCUUAAGACCUUUAUUCAACAGUCUCAAUUAACGUCGGAAGAGCUGAAAUGGUUUCAAGAAGAUUUAUGGAUUGAACAACCCGGCGCAAAAAUUCUAAAGAUGAUCCAAGCAAGCAGCAAUUUGCCACUUAAGGAGGGAUACCACGCCUUUCUAUUGGCACUCGCAACAAAAUUAAGUCAACUACAAGGAAAUUCAGAAACUACUAUCAGUGAUCAAUUCAUUCUCAUUACUUUAGCAUCCGUUGGAGCCAUUUUCCCUCCAGUUGUCAAUGAUGAAAAAAUUCCUACUGUUUUAUCGAAUAUUAUGUCAAAUCCAAUAUUAACCCAUCCACAAAUGUCAGAAAAGCUAUUACGUGCCUUUGGAAAUAUUGUAGAGCAUGCAGAACUUGCAGGCAUCAACAUCUUUCCAACUUAUUUAAAGGGUUUGAAGCCAAAAUUAACUGUUGAAGCAUUUUUCGAAAGACUGCAAUAUAUCGUGACAUCACCAGAGUCCUUAGUUUCCUUCAUCGAAUCACUACCUCAAAUCCGAACAAGAUUUGCCCAAGAAGAGCUUCAGUCAUUUUAUACAAAUUUAUACAAGUUAUUCAAAUGGUUCUCAUUCAAACAUGCAGCAGAGCACAGGUGCGCUAUUCAGAUAUGUAAUUCCGAUCUAUUGAUGAAUUUUAUCAGCGGAAUUCUUCAAUUUGACAAAGGAAGCUAUAUCGAUUAUCCAUUGAUCGCAUUUCUUAUUCCAUUCGCCAUGAAAAAGGUUUUAGACCCAAAUUCGCAAGAACAAAAGGAUAUUAAUCAAUUUUUACAUGUUAUAACAAAAAAGAAGCCGAAACAGUCAGUUGUCGAAUACAUCUACCAAGCAAUAAUUCAGCUCAUGUUUUUCACUCAUACUUACCCAGGACCUGUCUCUGAAUACUUCAAAAACCAAAUUAAAGCUACAGAACAAAACAUCUACACACUUUUAUCAGGAAAAAGAGAUCCACAACUACAAAGCAUAUUACCGCAAUUCGCAAGCUUCGAAACAACAGAUGCAAAUUGCAGUAAUUGGACAUUAGCUAGAGAAUGCAUGAAAUCAAGAGCACAAGGUAUAGAUUUCGUCCAUUUAAUGUUUAAAUCAUAUCCGAUGCCUUACGACCUCGCCAGUCUUCCAAAGAAAGUUUUGCAUUUUAUUACCAGGGAAUUGAUCAAAUGCGAAGAUGAAAGAGCUGUAGACAUGGUCGUUUGCAAGCAAAGAUUCGAGACAUCAAUGCAAAUCUCGAAAACAGAGAUCUCAUUAGAACAAUUAUUCCCAUCUCCACCGAUGGAGAUCUUUAUUAGGGAAUUACUCAACUUAAAUCACUUCAUACAGUUCAUUGAGAACUCACUCAAGAAGAUGGUUUCGCUCCAAGCUCCACCAAAUUUGUAUUUAUUGCUUAGAAAUUUAUUUUUACCGUACGAUGUAUGGAAUUUCUUGAAGGAUGCGGACGCACAAUCCAUUAUACCAACACUUGAUAACAUGUACGUCACAUUCUACAACACAUUCUUAGAAAUGUAUAAGAAAUCUCUGUAUAACACCACACAAGUGGCCUCAAUCUUCUUACAGUCGGUAAUAUGGCUCUCGUUCAUCAUCAAAGAUCGCAAAGAACAAGCUUGGAAAACAGCUGUUCCGAUUAUUGCUGCAAUAUGCUUCGACAGCCUUUUGAUUAUCGAGAUGUUUGGUCUUGUAUCGCAUUCUAUCAUUGACAAGAUACGUCUUGCCAUUAAGAAUCUUACAGAUUCUUUCGGAGUUCCUUGUCCUCAGCUUCCUACAAAGGAAUUCAACGAAAUCCUUCUAUGGCUUCCAUUCACACAGGUCAAGAUACAGCCAAUCCACGGUCUGAAAGUAUCCUUGAAGUACGGAACCCUCAAUAAUAUCUUUAUUUCAAGAGUUUUCGAGAUGAUAAAAAUUGACGGUGCUAUCAUCGACUCGUUCAAAAAUAUCAGACCCGAAGCAAUUAAUAUGGUUGAAGACAGAUUAAUAGAAACAACCGAAAAAAUGAUAUUAUCAAGAUAUUUUAAUGAAGUGAAGUUCACUUUAGGCCUAAUUAAGGUUGCCAUGAACCUAGUUAAGGCAGAGAAGUUCUCCGAUGUCUCAAAGAGAAGGCACAUCACAGCAAACAUCCUUAGAAUCAUGAUUUGCGCUGAUUACGGUACAGAUGAUGUAAAUCUUGUCAAAACAGCAAUGCUUUACAUCCAAACCGUAUACACAGGUGAAGAAUCAUCACAAGAUGAUACAGUAUUGAUCUUAUUACUCGAAUUUAUCUUCAAAUACUGUAAUACAACAUGUAAAUUAGUCGGAAACGUCAAACUCGCCGUCCAAGCGCUCGGAGCCAUUUGCGAGUCUGUUUCUUUCCUCAAUAUCCUCAACGAGGAACACAACACAGCAGCAAAUAUCGAGAAGAACGCAAAGAAAACUGUUUUCUCUGUUUUGAGUACUUUACUUUUUGUAAACUCAUUUUUCAAAGACGCGAUUACUGCAAAAGAUGGAACGAGUGUUAACGAUGCCAUCAUUGAAACGAUCAGGAAACUAUUGCAGAAGAACUUCGAGAUCGCAUUCGACAUAUGUUUCCAGUUAAUUAGUGAAACAACAAACGAAUUCAAACAAUUAAUCAUUUUAGCAAUCACAGAAGAGUUCGAUCCACAGAGAUUCGGAUACGGUAUGCUCGUUACAAAGCUUGACUACGGAAAUUACGCAAUGUCUGUCAAUAGAAUUAAUGUCACAUUUAAUUCUAUGGUCUACAGCAAUACGCGAUCAUACAAAGCUGCUCUACAGUUCCUUUCCUACUUCAAUUUGCACAUGGAGUACUUCAAAUACGUCAUGAACCCUAAUAGAAAUCAUGAUUACGACUGGGAGCUGUUUCUCCAAGCAUUCUUCGACUUCUGCUUCACGGAAGAGAAUCUCAAGCAGAUUUACACCUACUACAAGCAGAACAAUCCACAGCAAAUGAUAAGAUAUAUCGCUCAGAACCCAACCAUUGUCCGUACAUACGAAAUCCUCCGGGAAACCUUCUCCAAGUGCUUCACGGACAACUUCCUCCGCAAGUUCCUCAACGAGCCGAACUCCUACAACGCUUCAGUUGAAAAAGGUGACUCUCAGCCAUGUGGUCAGUUCACUCAGGACAUAAAGACGAGUUCCUAUCUCGACCAAGUCAUGUCCGAGUCAAUGCGUAUCAUGGGCGAGUACAACCACCAGACACUUGACUUCAAUGAAGCGUACAACAACUUUUUGGAGUAUUGCCACACGAAUUCAAGUUUCGACACGUUACAUGUCUAUGGCGAGAACAUCAAUCAUCAGCAAGUUGUUAUGAUGAGAGAUGCCAAUGUCAUGGUAUUCAUAGGAAGCAACAAAGGAAUUCCACAGCUCGUUGUUUAUCUCGAUCGAAUCAAGAAUUCCUGGAAAUCUGCAGAAAACAUGCUUCACUAUGUACAAAUGCAUCUAAUAACAAUCACUGAUUGCGAAGUAUUAGUUGAUUGUUCACUAUCAAGUAUAGAUGUAAAUGUCGGCCGAUCAAUGGUUUCAGGAUUGAAACUGUUGAGUUCAAAAGUUCGUCAGAUUUAUUUAUUGAAUGUUUCUGAAGAAGUUUUGAGUCUUUUAGAUGUUGCUUGUCCUCCUGACGGCGUGAAGUUGUUUACACUUGUUAAUUACGAUGAAGCAAUCAAGCAAUUCCCGAAUGCGAAGAUUCCUAUCACACACAACAUCGGAUUGAAUUCUCCAGGCAGUUUCUGCUUCAAACACUUCGACAAUGGAAUGACAGUCACUGUUUCUCAGACAGGAGUUACAUUGACAAAGAACAGACUGUUUUUCAGAAAGGAAGUUCAAUCAAACACUUAUCUGAGUUUGGCAGAAAAUUCAGACAAAACUGAUGAAAAAGAGAAAAGAGCAUCGAAUACAAUUUACGAGUUUUGGAUGAAACACGCGAAGAAGACUCGUACGAUGCCAUUUGACAUGAACUUUUGUUUUGCUGAGUUACUUGUUGCUUUAAGUGACAAGAAUCCAAGAACAAGAACAGAAAUAUAUGCUGUUAUUACGAAAGUUAUUGGAAAACAUAAUUCAGUUGCGAAAUAUGAUUUUACCAAUAAUAUUUUGAGUAUUCCUGCUACAUCUAUCUCUGAUGUUUCCUUCUUCCCUCAUUUCAUUGAUAGAUUACUUUCAACAGCUCCUGAGAAAUUGAACGAAUUCCAUUUCGUCAUCAAGUUUUGUGUUGACAAAUUACAACAAAACCAAUUGUCACAAGUUGCCUUGACAUUAAACAAAUAUCCUUUGUUGGCUGUUCCUGUUCUUCAUGCUGCAACACGUCCUGAAGUAAUGAUAUCAAUGGCCGAAUGUCUUCUCGAAUUAAACAACACGAGACUCGCUUGUAUUUUAACAAACAGAGUCACUGUUCCUCAUUUAAUCAAAGCUUCUCGUUGGCAUUCUUUCGGAUAUUCAGAGAGUUUGGCCAAAAUAUUAAAUGAGUUGUUGCUUUACGACAAAGACAUUGACACUCCAAACAACAUUCUUUGUUUUGCUGCAAUGCAUUCCAUUGAAUCAUCAAAGGAAUCUUUCGAAGUUUUCGCGAGAUUGACAUGUGUUGCUCAUUUAUUGUAUUUUGAAAAGAAUUUGCAAAUUCCUUUACAUUGUAAUCCAGAUUUUCUUGCAAAUGCUUUAAGUGUUGUAACAGAUUCAACACCAUUCAUGGACAUCAAAUCGAUAUUUAACUAUUUCUGCAGAUCAAUAAUUGAACCUCCAUCAGCAGAAAUAUUUGUAAAUGUCAUGAAUUUGUUGACAGAACCAAAGAAUGAUCCUUUCUUCCUCGAAUACGCUUUGGCAACUUUGGAAAGAGUUAUCGAUGCUGUUCCAAAGAGAAGACCACAUCUUUUCAUUCUGGCUGUUUUGGCAAGUAGAAAUGAAUCAGAAGCUGUAAGAGUAAGAGCGAUAUCGUUGUUAAAUACUUUGUUAAGUACUAGAACUGUUCUUGAUGAAGCAGUAACUUUCGUGGAAAGAAGUGAUAUUUCUAGAUUGGUAAUGAAUGAAGUCAAAAUGACUGAAAAACCAAAGGAUGGAAUACUGUUAAUUGUGAACGCAAUGUUUAAGUGUUUCGCAGAAAUAACGAAUGUUAAAGUUGUAAAUGAAUUCGUGAAAAAGGUGUUGACAACACAAAGAGCGUUUAAUUUAAGCGCUUUCAUGUUACAUCAAUUAUCUUUCACACAGGAAGCUGUUGAUCCGCCUCCUGACCCUGAGUUCUGUCCAUUCUUGAUACAAUGCCUCCAGGAACAGAGAUGCAGAGGCCAGAUACCAAGAAUCUGUAGAUGUUUGUGCGAUAUAAGAAAGAAAUUCGGAAAGGAAACAGAAUCAUUCUGCUCUAAAGUGACUGAAAUCGCAAUUGGUUUGUUAGAGAAUGAAAUCAAACCUUCAAGUUUCGGAGCGUUAGGAACUUUGUUGGGAACUUUCAGCUCAGGAUUCAUGGCACCGCCAAUGAUUGCAAAGGCUACAACAAUGGCAACAAUAUCAAUUAAUGGAGCUGAAAAGAGUGCAUGCUCAAUUGCACCAAUUGCUGGAAUUAUUCUUCGUAUUAAUGUUUAA